UAUGAAAUUUAAAAAAAAUGGAGGAGUGUACAACAGCGUCACACUGCUGAAGGAAACAAAAGGAGGAGAACUCAGGCAAGUGAAAGAGAAUAGGUAAAGUCUGAUAGAGAGAUAAGCAGUUGUGAAAAACAUUUGAAACUCCACAAAUCGGCAUGAGUUACUUUCUCCUCAAGACUUGGAUAAAGUCAGUCUAAAUCUAAAUUCAUAGUACGGAAAAAGAAUACAUGACAUUUCCAAAAAAAAAAAAAAAAAAUUUGACGUCCGCAUAACCCGUGAGUAUAGAGAUAAAGGACAUUUAAAGGUGAGAGAAGAGAAGUCUGAGUGAAGAUCUGUAGCGAUGGCGAACAGCUGGACAUUGACGGUGGUCGUCCUCCUAAGUAUCUUUAUUGCAAGAAGUCAGACAAGAGGAGAACAAGACACUGGAUCACAUCAUAAAGAUUCUGCACUUGAAAAACUGACAGAUUUCCAAGAGCAGAUCUUUAUUUCAGGCAGCGAUGUGACUUUACGGUGUGGCAAUCUCACUGCUGCCAAAUGGAAGGAAUUAAUUUAUAUAAUCUGGAACAUCAGCCUGCAAGACAGAAAAUGUAGAGUUGGUGUGUCACCCAAGCUGGACGACACAUGCAAUGAUGGAAAGAAGCUGGAAAACACCUCAGAUGGAGUUUCUCUAUUCAUUCCCAAGAUUUCAGUUGAAGAUGAAGGGCUUUACUUUUGUGAUUUAUCAUAUAAAGGAGGAAGCUAUGCACUAAAUGUGACUGUAAGCGUUACCAAUGUUUCAACCAAGCAGGACAGUGAAAACAAUCAAAGGACUGCUGUCUGUAAUUCCAAAUAUAAAAUGAAAGCACCCACUCUUCAUUGGGAACCUGCCGUGAACUUUUUCUCCAACAUCAGUUCUGUCAAGAAGCUUGGCAGGUUUUUUAUGUUGGAGAAUAAAGUAUAUCUGCCGGAAAAUCUCAACAUUAGUGAGCUCACCUGUGUGGCCACAUACACGUCUAAGUCCGGCUCUGUGCAGCACAAGAGCACACUUCAUCUUACAGGUUCUCAAAACUCAGAUCCCCCAUCUCCAUGGAAAAAUAUUGCCAUAUCAGUUGGCUCUGCUUGUUUUGUUCUUGUAGCCCUGGCUGUGGUUUACAAACUACGCAGAAAGAUUUAUGACUUAAGUGCAUUGAAGAUGCUUUGCUGCAAAUCCAAAACCUCAACACCAGCUGAAGACAGACCAGUCCAGCCCGUUGAUGUUGAAGAGGUGGAACCCUAUGCAAGUUACAUACAGAGAGUCAAUUCUAUCUACAACUCUUCAGCUGAACUCUUCAACGCUUGAGAGAGAGACACUCGCUUUUCAUGAUGAAACAGGAUACCAGAAAAGAACUGAGGGCAAAGAUAUGUCUGUGGUCAAAAUUACACAUGAAAAACAAUACUAGUGGAAAAUAGUCAUCUGAGGAGAGCAUCCCCAAAGCAAACAGCGCCUGACUGAGGAGCAAAAGUCACACAGAGUCAAAAGAUGAAAGGUGAUGACAUAGGAACAUUUGUCUUAGUAUGUAAUGAGGAAUAACUGGGACAUCUUCAGCGUCAGCGAUAUCACUAAUAAGUAGAUUUGUAGAGAAAGAACUUGGUUAGAUAUUAAUCAUUUGAUCAAAUCAAAUUUGUACAGAUUUAUAUCAGAGUGAAUCAAAAAUCAACUUCAGACAAUGGUUUUAAUGAUAAAUACUAAGCAGACCCAAAGUGUAAAACACCUAUUUAAAUUGCACAUAAUUAAAAGUAUGUAAAUAAACUUAUUGUACUUUUCAGAA